AAAGAGCACACACUGAAAUAGAGUAUUAUAAAAGCCUUGGAGUGCAAAUUCACAGUUGUCUUGGUAAGAAGAAAAGGCUGCAAUGGACCCAGCUGUGGUUCUGGUGCUCUGUCUCUCCAGUUUGCUUCUCCUCUUCCUCUGGAGACAGAGCUCUGGGAGAGGGAAGCUCCCUCCUGGCCCCACUCCUCUCCCAAUUAUUGGAAAUAUCCUACAGUUUGAUGUUAAAAACAUCAAGAAAGCUAUCAGCAAUUACUCAAAGGUCUAUGGCCCAGUGUUCACUCUGUAUUUUGGCAUGAAGCCUAUGGUGGUGUUACAUGGAUAUGAAGCAGUGAAGGAAGCCCUGAUUGAUCAUGGAGAGGAGUUUUCUGGAAGAGGCUUUUUCCCAAUUACUGAAAGAGUUAGUAAAGGACUUGGAAUCAUUUCCAGCAAUGGAAGUAGAUGGAAGGAGAUCCGACGCUUCACCCUCAUGACCCUGCGAAAUUUCGGGAUGGGCAAGAGGAGCAUUGAGGAACGUGUCCAAGAGGAGGCCCGCUGCCUUGUGGAGGAGUUGAGAAAAACCAAGGCCUCAUCGUGUGAUCCCACAUUUAUCCUGGAUUGUGCUCCCUGCAAUGUGAUCUGCUCCAUCAUUUUCCAGAGUCGUUUUGAUUACAAAGAUCAGAAUUUUCUUAUGUUGAUGGAGAGGUUCAAUAAAAACGUCAAAAUUCUAAGCUCCCCAUGGAUGCGGCUUUGCAGUAAUUUCCCUGUUCUCCUUCAUUAUCUCCCUGGAAUUCAUAAGAAAUUAUUUGAAAACAUUGCUCUUAUAAAAAGUUAUAUUUUGGAUAAAAUAAAAGAACACCAAGAAUCACUGGAUGUUAAUAAUCCUCGGGACUUUAUUGAUUGUUUUCUGAUCAAAAUGGAGCAGGAAAAGCACAACUCACAGUCUGAGUUCACUAUGGAAAACUUGGAGAGCACAGUAUCUGAUUUAUUUUCUGCUGGGACACAGACAACAAGCACCACUCUGAGAUAUGGACUUCUGAUCCUGCUUAAGCACCCAGAGGUCACAGCUAAAGUCCAAGAAGAGAUUGACCGUGUGAUUGGCAGACAUCGGAGCCCCUGCAUGCAAGACAGGAGCCACAUGCCCUACACGGAUGCCGUGGUGCAUGAGAUCCAGAGAUACAUUGACCUGGUCCCCAAUAGUUUGCCCCAUGCAGUGACCCGUGACAUUAAAUUCAGAAACUACCUGAUCCCCAAGGGCACAGCCAUAUUAGCAUCCCUGACAUCUGUGCUGCACGAUGACAAAGAAUUCCCCAAUCCAGAGAAGUUUGACCCUGGUCAUUUUCUGGAUGAAAGUGGCCACUUUAAAAAAAGUAACUUCUUCAUGCCUUUCUCAACAGGAAAACGGAUUUGUGUGGGAGAGGGACUGGCCCGCAUGGAGCUGUUUUUAUUCCUGACCAGCAUUUUACAGAACUUUAAACUGAAAUCUUUGAUUGAUCCAAAGAAGCUCGAUACCACUUCGAGUUCCGCUACAGCUAUUUCUUUCCCGCCCGUGUACAAGAUCUGCUUCAUUCCUGUGUGAAGAAGGUCAGGUCAUCUACCUGCUGUGGCUGCCUUCUGCCUCACUCUUAUGAAUGGCAUCCUCCACCUCUUACUAUUAUUAGGGAUGUCUUCCCUGGCCUGUUGUCUCACAUCUUCCCAUUCCCUUAAGAUGUAGUGAACAUCCAAUGUCCAUUAAGGUGAGUUUCAGUAAUUUUACACACAACUGUAUCUGCAUCUGCUCUUCCUCACUCCAUGUAACACAGUAUUUACUGCCACAAGUGACAAUAUUUACAUAGUGUUGAGUUGUUAAUAUGUUAUCACUACAAAACACAGUAAAAUGAUUAAUGUAUGCUAAUUCAGAGCCAUUUCUCCUGUGCAUGUUUUAAAUAAAA